AUGGCGUCAAGGUUUGGUCAGAGGAGAGCUGGAAGACGCCUGGAGUGCUCUGACUCCUCUCUGCUGAGGGAUCCCAGCCCUCUGAAUGAGCCCUCUCACAGCGCCUCCUGGUGGGCUGACAGGGAGGAGCACAGAGAGCAAGGACACUCUCUCAGGGAGCAACUAAAAGAGAUGGAUGAGCAUGUGGCCAGGCUUCAGGACACGCUGAGAUGUGAACAGGUCAAAUGCACUCGUCUGCAGCUGCAGAGUAACCAGCAGGAGGCAGAGCUCAGGCGUCGAGAGCAGCACAGCAACAGACUGAAGGAGCGACUGUCGCAGCAGAUCGACAGACACCGUGACAAAGGACCCUCCAUUGAGGUGUUGAACUUUCCGCCUGGAGGUCGAGGCAAAAGACAACAGCCGAUCAAAUCAUUCAGGUCUUCGGCAAAACGAGAAGAGGCAACUCUACGUCUGAUGCUAGAGCGCAGAGAAGCGGAGCUCAGACAGACAACUAAGCUGCGCCACAGCCUCACCACGUUACUUCAUGCACUCAGAGUUGACAUGGAGCGUACCCUGUCGGGUGAGGAGGAUGUUCAGCAUGAAGGCCAGACUGAAGACAAAAUGCUGGAUCAAGCUGAAAUGGUUCUUGGUGACCAUGUAACAGGAGGUGUGGUUCAGAGCUGGAGGCAGGUGCAGAGAAGACUGGGUGGCGUCCUUGCAGAAGGCAAACAUCCAGGCCACACUGGUGCUGGUACCGACCAUGACAAGCUCCUGGCACAGCUCGAAACUGACCUGAAGGAGAGUCAGCAGCUUGUCAGAUUACAACAGCAGCUGCUGCAGGACAGCCUUGCUUCACCUGUCCCAUCUGAACUGGCUGAUUCCUACUUUUUGGAAGAGUGGGAGCGACUUCAGGUGAGCUGGGCAGAGCUCGAUCAUCAGAGGCGGACUUUUGAAAGGGAGAGACAGUCCUUCACCGAUGCUGCCAUUCGACUAAGCCAUGAGCGUCGGGAUUUUGAGCAACAUAAGGCCUCCCUCCUGAAGCAGCAGUAUCUGUGUGACUCACCUCUGUUAAGUAAGGGAGCACCGAGCAACAACAGGAGAGAGAGCACUGCCGUCAAUUUCUCAGGUUUGGGGCUCACCAGCAUAUCGGGCUGUCUUCCUAUUACUCCGUCUUCCACCAAGUCAGGGACAGCUGCUGUUUCUGGAUUUCAUCAGGGAAGAGUCAGAGUUGAAACCCCCAGCACUCCUGAUCUCUACUCUGCCCUCAAUCUGUCAUACAACUGCAGGUUAACUGAUCACCAGUCUGACACAUGGGAUGGCCAAGCAGAUGGGAUGAUGCACUCGCCACAGGCUCCAAACUUUGACUACGAUUUUGACGAUAGGUGGUGA